AUCUGUCCAGACUUCUCUGCAGUUAAAUUGUCACCUAAACUUUCGAGAGUUCUACAAUCCAACUUUCCAAGUGUCUUUUGCUCCGCGUCUGCGAAAUUCGACCAUAUCAAGUGAAGCUGCGCUGAAGAACAGUCUUCAUCCAGCUGUUUGGUGAACUACAGUUACUCUUGAAAUCUUUUGUAAUACCCGGUGUGAAGUCGCAGCUCAAAAUUUGUGUGCGCACUUUUAUGUGAGGAACUGCAAAGGGAGCUGUGUUAAUCAGUGAGCUUCCAGUUACGUUACUUUUGAUAUCAAGCAAGCACGAUCGGUGUUAUUGAUCCGAGGAUAUUUACGUGUUUAUUCGUCAUCCGAAUCGACCUCGUACGAAUACCUAUGAUGGAUAUGAAGGCGAAAGCAACGCUGCAGCUCGUGAUCCUCUUAAUGCUGUUCAUGGGGACGCUCCACUCCCAUACCCACAUGGUCACUGCAGUGCGAAGUCCACCUUCCGACUUUGAGGACCAGCCACCCACCGUAGUGUUUGCUCGCACCGCGCUUUUGGAUGAGAGAAGCAACCGCGAUGGUGAGGUCACAGCAGUCAGAAGUCCACCUUCCGACUUUGAGGACCAGCCACCCACAGUAGUGUUUCCUCGCACCGCGGUCUUCGAUGAGAGAAGCAACCGUGAUGGUGAGGCUGGAUCGGAGUCUGGUGAUUUGCCACAACCUUUUCCUAUUCAUGUCCACGGGACUUCAUGGCGUAACCAGAAAGGUGGAAUUCCAUCGAGUCCGAGCUCCAUGCAGCACAGCACCACGCCCUGAACGUGGCAGUUCCAUGCUGCUAUGUCCCCUUUGGACGUUUCCAUUAUGCUUGUGAUUUGCAGUCGUGAAGCAUCGCAUGGUGUCAUGGACAGUACACGGUAGGUCGAUGGACGAGUCAGUGAAAGUUUCUGUCGGGAUCUGCGUUACAGCCGAUAUCCAACAGCAAGCAUACUGCCCAGUUGGUUGUUCAAAUCUGCCGCCGAGCUUAAGGAUUACGCGUCCGACGCGGCCUCGCUCGACGGACGGACGAGGCAUACUCCAAGCUGCUUAGAAUGAGAUUUGUCAACUCCCGCCAGUGCAAGCUGACAGGCCCAGUUCCAGCUGCAGACCAAGAUUGGAAGGGCUGCCUGCUGCUCAGCGUCUACAAGUCGGAAGACACGUUCAUUCGAUUCUCUAAUUCUGAGUCUCACCUGUACGGACCUAAUUCUUAUUGCGUUUCGUCCUGCAUUGGGUGGACAGGAUUGGAAGUCAUGAUCCAUGAUACUCACGUACAUGAUAGCAGAUGAAAUUGACUUUGAAUUUUUAUUUAUUAUUCCAAGUUAUUCGUUUUUUUACUUGUUUGUUCAAUUUCUAUUUAUU